AUGAUUAUUAACAAGCUAGAAAUCUUCGAGGUCUUUAUAGUCGUUUGUACCGACUUAUAUUCCUUUUACGAAUGCUUUGUUAAGCUCGGAACUAUUAAAGAGAAGCGCUUAAUGAUCGAUAUUAUAGCUUUUAAACAAUCAUACGAGCGCCGAGAGCUCGCAAAAGUCAAAUGGAUUAAAAGAAAAGAUAAUUUAACCGACUUUAUAACGAAAAUCAAUUCAAAUAAGUCGUUAGCGACUUUCGUUAAUACGAACAAGGCUAACGUACGUGUCGAAAGAAUUGCAAUUGCAAUUGCAACUAUUGCAAUUGCAAAAGAGAAAAUUGCGAGUCGCAGUCCACGAACGCGCGAACCUGGCGAUCCUAAAAACCCUCUCACACUUCGAAAACUCUCUCGCAUGCCCCCGACGCGCAUACCCGUCCCCGCAUACCAAGUCCAAGGCCAAAACAGAGCUUUUACUCCAGUUUUAGCCCGUGUCACCCCCGGAACGAUGUCCGCCGACGAUCCUAUGGCUACCUCAGACCCUAGCUACCAGGAGAACCCUUUGCCGAUCUUCGUUGCAGACAAUUUCCCUUUUCUCCUCUCGUGUUCUGACAUCGCUAGCAUUGUGGUAUUGUGGGGAUAUGCCGAACAUGCUACUGCCUACCUUAAGGACGUAGAAGCCAAGCUCUCGGGCCUCCUUACUGAUGGUUACGAAGACAAUCAAGCCUUGCGCGGACAAUUACUCGACCUUCAAGGACAAAUCAUCACCCUCGACACCGAAAAGGCACUCUUAGCCAGCCAAAUCAUUACCCUCGAAGCCUUGCAACGCAACCUCUCCCCUUUAUCCAACCGACCUCAUCGAUCUGCCGAACACCCCGACCCCGAUAAAUUCGAUGGAACUAUCAUAAAACUCCGCCCGUUUUUGACCGACAUGAGCAUCAAACUCGCUGUCAAUAGAGACUGGUACCCUACCGAGUACGACAAGAUGGCCUAUUUCCUUUCCCGCCUUUCCGGCGAAGCUAAGGGACAAGUCAAAGGAGGCACCUCUAUUCGUGGCGAGAUACUCUAUAAGAGCGUGUCAGAGAUCAUCGAUAUCCUAGACGCUGCUUUCGGUGACAUCAAUGCCAAAUCCACCGCCCAACAAGCCCUUUUCGUCCUCACAGUCACGGUCUCCGCCAUCCUUCAAAUCGCACUCGGAUAUACCGCCUCUAUUCCUACUCUUACCAUUACACAAGGAGGCACUGCCAUAGACGUCAGCGUGAUGGAAAUGAGCCCUGUAGCUACCUGGACCGCCGCCGAUGCCUCUGCCAAGCGUAUUCCUAAGACCUUGAACGAGAAAGAAGCCAAAAAGCUCCGCCUGCCUUACCGCCCCAUGGAACACCAAAGGAGGAAAGGGCCAAGGAAAAGCUUAGUCUCUGACCGAAGACGCCGUCGGAGACCUUAUAAAAAGAGUACUCUGAUCAUCUCUUCUUUAGAUACCCCGAUUGGGAAUCAUUUGGUUCUUCCUUGUAUUGUAACAGACUUAAUUAAUGAAAUUCCCAUCAAAACCAAAGCUAUGGUUGACUGCGGGUGUACUGGAAAAGUGAUGAUCAAUUACUCUUUUGCGCAAACUCAUAACUUAAUUCUCGAACCUUUACUAAAACCUCGAUCUCUACGACUCGCCGAUGGAUCUCUCUCGUCAGCGAACGUUACUUAUAAGACACAACUUCACCUUAAUAUCAACGGCCACUCUGAACUCAUUACUGGGUUCCUUUCUAACCUCGGCAAAUACGAUAUUAUUCUGGGCAAGCCUUGGCUCGCCUUUCACAACCCUCAAAUCGAUUGGAGCUCUGAUUCUCUUACAUUCAACAGUAGGACUUGCAAAAACCAUUGCUUACCUCUUACUUGUCACCAAUUAUUUGUGCGCGGCUCAACACCUCUUGUUACGACCUUUGAAACCCUUGUCAAGGGACCUCUCCCUCGGAGACUAGAUAUAGUUGACGAUAUUCAACCUUCCGAACUUCAGCAACGCCACAUGGCCGCCGACAUGUACCUUUGCGGCGCCUCCCUUAAAGAUAUUCGGAAGGCCUUAGCUCCUAAGGCUCACGAAGCAAAUAAACUCGCCCCUUAUAGAGACUGCGAUCACGCCAUCGAGCUGAAACCAGGCGCCAUCCUUCCUCAUGGUCCCUUCUAUAAUAUGUCACAAGAUGAACUUCUAGUCCUUCGCAAAUUCCUUAAAGAAAACCUUGAUAAAGGAUUUAUUCGAGCAAGUACUUCUCAAGCAGCUUCCCUUGUACUCUUCGCCAAGAAACCCGGCGGAGGCCUCCGCUUUUGCGUGGAUUAUAGAGCCUUGAACGCUAUUACAAUAAAGAACAGAUACCCUCUCCCCUUUGUCCAAGAAACCUUUUCCCGCCUUAGCAAAGCUAAAUACUUUACCAAAUUGGACGUUAUCUACGCUUUCAAUAGAAUCCGAAUGAGAGAUAGUGAUGAAUGGCUUACAGCCUUCAAUACUCGAUACGGCCUCUUCGAAUCCUUCGUCAUGCCUUUCGGCGUCAAGAUGGACCCCGCCAAAGUCGAUUGUAUAACCUUUUGGGAGGCCCCCGUCAAUGUCAAAGACGUCCAAGCAUUCUUAGGCUUUUCAAAUUUCUAUAGACGAUUCAUUAAAGAAGCAUUCGUUUCAGCACCGAUUCUUUCUCACUUCGACCCCGAUCGUGAGAUUUGGCUUGAGACGGAUGCCUCCGAUUACGUCUCUUUCGCUAUUCUUUCUCAAAAAGAUGAUAAAGGCGAACUUCACCCCGUGGCUUACAUGUCCCGCAAAUACGACGCAGCCGAAUGCAAUUACGAGAUCUACGAUAAAGAACUUCUCGCUAUAGUUCGAGCUUUCGAAAGCUGGCGUUCAGACUUUACGAGAUCCUCAUACCUUAUAUACGUAUUGACCGACCAUCGCAACCUCGAAUACUUCAUGACCACAAAACAACUCACCCGACGGCAGGUUCGGUGGAGUGAGUUCCUCUCUGAAUUCGAUUUUAUUAUUAAAUUCAGACCAAGAAAAGAAGGCCGAAAACCUGACUCUCUUACACGCCGAUCACAAGACCUCCCUCAAGAUGACUCCGACCCUCGUCACACUUAUCGAAACCAAGCCUUCUUUUCUACCGACAACUUAGACCCUCAAAUUUCGAAUUCAUUGACACCUACCUCUUCCCCAAACGCCUUCGCUCAACUCGAUUUCUUUUCCGAGCUCACCUCUGCCGAGCUCCACACCGAAGUAGCUCUCUGCCUGGACGAACUGGCCCUUGCAGACGAGCUUCAAAACCUGAAAAUCAUGCGCUUCUUAAAAGAAGGCUACAAAUCCGACAAAUGGUUCAAAGUCAUUAGCAAAGAGAUGACUAAAGAAGAAGGGAUCCCUCAUUCUAAGGAAAUCGCUCUUUCCGAAUGCAUCUUGCGUGACGAUCGAUUAUUUUUCCGAGGUCGAUUGUACGUCCCGGAUACCGAACUACGUACCUUCUUCUUACAAUCUGCCCACGAUUCUUGCGAGUCGGGCCACCCAGGCAAGAACGCCUUAUAUGAAGUGAUAUCUCGAGACUACUGGUGGCCUAAUGUCAGCGCAUCUUGCGCCCGAUUCGUCCGCAAUUGCGACAGCUGCUCUCGUAAUACUACCUCUCGACUUCGAUACCAAGGCACCCUUAAACCCUUCCCCUUCCCCGAUCAACGCUGGCGCCACCUCUCAGUCGAUUUCGUCGGCCCUCUACCUCUUAGCAAUGGCUACGACUGCGUUAUGGUCGUAGUUGAUCGCUUCUCUAAAGGUCGCCACCUUAUCGCCUGCUAUACCAAGCUCAAAGCAAAAGAGCUGGCCCAAUUAUUUCUCGAUAACGUAUGGAAAUUACACGGCCUUCCCGAUACCAUCGCCACUUGGUUAUCAAUGGCCGAAUUCUCAGCUAAUAACGUAAUGAACGCCUCCACUCAGAUGUCCCCAUUUUUCGCCAAUACUGGUUUCCACCCCCGCGUUAGCUUCGGACCCCCCCGACCCCUCGAACCUACUUUUACACCUGCAAUUCAGGCAGGAAACAAAGCAGGCACAGCCUUCGUGAAUAAAAUGGAACAAAUCCUCGCCCUCUUUAAGACCAACCUCAUUUCGGCCCAAGCAACUCAAGAAUUCGCAGCUAAUAAAACUAGAUCCUCAGCCCUUGCUUACCGAGUUAGGGAUGAGGUUUUCCUUGACUCCCGCAACAUCAAGACCGAUAGACCUAUCAAGAAGUUCGACCACAAGUUCUUCGGCCGUUACAAGAUCAAAGAGGUAUUAGGCUCUUAUACUUAUCGCUUGGACCUACCUUUUGAACACGACAAGUUGAACGACAGUUUUCAUACCAACCUCCUUCGCCCCGCCCCUACCGACCCUUUGCCAGGCCAACAAAACCCUCCCCCUCCUCCUAUUGCUAUCGAUGCAAAUGGUGAAAAGCUAUGA